CAUACACCAUAUAAUCUGUGAUGCGGCCUGCGUCUGUCUCCGGUUCGUGGGUUCUAGGCCCAACUUUGAAUUGGAGCUGUGGCUUGAGUGUGUGCUCCUUUGGGGCAUUGUUGAAAAUUGAAAUUGUGCGCUUAUUUAUGGAGCUGUGCUAGGGACGAUGGCGUUGAUUGCCGUAACGCCCCAUUGCCUGGUACAUGACUAUAAUAAUGAUUGCCAUUUUUAUAGGCCAGCUCCUUGGCUGUGAAGAUAAAUUGUCUGUGCCCGCCGCUGGCUGGAAAAUCGUUUUGCUUCGACAUUUGAAUCCUUUGGGCUGGAAAGUUUUGGCUGGAUUUUCCCUUCGCAAAUGGCUGCUGUAGUGGGUCAGCAUGAAUGGCAGUGAAGUGGAAAAGUAUGGCUUCCACUGCGUAUACUUAAUUUUUUGGACAAAUACUUAAGGCCAGUUGACAGCUCCUCCCACAGGCUCGGUUAGCUUGAUUGCACUAAUUAAUUUGGCUGAGCGACAGACUUUGAUGUGAACCGGAAACAAGGGGCGAACGCUAUCGAAGGAACCAAGGGAAACAAAGGUGACAGGGCAAUAGUGUGCAAAUUGAUAUAGUCGGAGCAGCAUGGAUGAGGAGCACGACGACGAUCGAAUAAUAUGAGAUUAGAUGGGGCUGUAGAGCCCCGGCCCCGUCACGGAGCUGUCACAUUCAUGGGCCGCCAGCCCCUGAGGCGCGAGACCCGCGAACCAUGUGAGACACAGCAGCAGCAACAGCAGCAGCAGCAGUCAGCUGACGAAGACGACGAGGCCACAGACGCUGAGCGUUUGACCACCAACCGCAGCAGCAGCAGCAGAAGCAGCAGCAGCAGCAGUAGAAGUAGCAGCAGCAACAAUUGCCAAGCCAACUUGGUAUUCAAACCAGAGGGUGUUUUUUCAGCCAGAACAACAACAGCACCAGCAAUACCCACGCCCAGGAAAACAACUGGAGGCAAAGGCAACCUGGUAGCCAUCGCCCUGAAAACGCAUACCAGGCCAUUAUUAAUGGCGCCCAACGUGGGGCUAUUAAUGGCGCCCAACGUGGGACAUCAGCGGAAAAGCCUUGGCCUCCGACUUCCGAUGAAGAGUGGCAAAAGGAUGAUGAUGGGCGCGGGCGGAUGGGAGCGCUUUAACGGCCUGGUCCUGUGCCUGAUUUCCGUUAUUGCCCUGCUGCCGCCUUUGACGCUCGGCGAUGACGGUGAUAAUUUCUUUGCCGUGAAUGCCUUUAGUGCGGGUCCGGAGACGACAACGCCAGAGUUUGAUUAUGCCAGCCGUGGGCAGAAGAAGUUCGGGGACAAGUGCGAUAAUACCCUGGAAUGCGGUUUCCCCGGCUCCAUCUGCGAUCCCAAGAAGAAGUCCUGCCAGUGCACCGAGGAUCUGCCCGUCACCAACCACAUUGACAAAUGUGGCAAAGAGGCCUCCGUGAACGAGUCCUGCUUCUUCAACGAGCAGUGCGAGAUGCGAUACUUCCAGACGGAGUGCCGGGACGGGCGGUGCAUCUGCCGGUUCGAGAUGUCGCCCAUUUGGGCCAAGGACGGAUCCGUGGAGUGCAAAGGGCGCCAGGACAAGAGGGGACCCGAGACCUACAUCGAUCCGGCCAUGAUUGGCGUGCUGGUAGGAAUGGCAUUGAUGUUUAUUAUUAUUUGUGUCGUCCUGCGAUUGUUUAGCCAAGCCCGCUGGCAUGAUAACCGGACCAUCUUCAAUACGCCGAAUCCGCGUCUGAUGAACGUCUCGCUGCUGCGGGACAGCAAGUUGCUCCAUGGCCAGGAGCGCCGGGGAUCCAGGAUGUCGGUGCGGGCCCCCUCCCGGCAGCCCAGCAUGGCCUCCCUGAGACCCCACUCCCCCAAUCCGUCGCUAGGUAAGACAGGACGAAUGACACGGUCGAAGAGCAAUACACGGUCGAGUGAUUCGCGGGUCAGCGAUGUGUCCACCUGCUCGAGAUUGCUGGAGCAUCCGAGUGCCGCCAGUCAGCACAACCUGGUCCAUAGCCACUUCCUGCCCUACGUGCCAACGACCACGGCCAGCACAUUUACGGCCACCAAUGUCACUGCAACGUACGCUGCCUCGGCCACGCCCUCGCCAACGCCCACGCCCCCGCUCUCGGCGGGUCUUCAGCCACCGGGCAAUGCCAGUAGCAUCACCAAUACCGCCAAUGCCACCAGCACCAACACCACCACCACCACCACCACCACCACCACCUAUGUGUCCCCAGCGGGGGCGGCACCAGCCUGUGGUCGGACCAACAAGUUCUAGAGCUCUAGAGCUCUAGAUCACAAAGAUCUAGAUACAUACAUAUAUGUGUCCGCAAACGUAUCACACUCAAACGCAAAAGACAAACGCAUCCAUAUCAGGGCCCAAAGAGGUUCCGAGUCGCAUGGCAGCAAUGCAUCGGCCGCCUCGGUGCGCUCCAAUCGCAGUAAUUCGGUGGCUCCCGGCAAGGUUGUCCACCACGAGCGCCACGGAUCCGCCCAUCGCCAGCACCACCCACAUGGCCACCCACA